AGAAGUGGGCGAGAGAAAUCCCUCUUUGUCGUGUGAGUAAUUUCCACAGUGGUUUAUGUACAAAACAUAGUCCCAAAUUAUUAUAUAACAACUGAAAGUAAAAGAGAAUGGAGGAGGGGGUGGAGCAUUUGGUGCUGUCACUAGUGCAAACUUUAUUGUAACUACUGUGCCAACUUGCUCCACAGCUUUUCCGAGGCUUGGUCCCACAAUGUACUUGCGUGAUUAAGAUUCUGUGCUAUUCUGAGUAAUGUCCCAGGAGGCAAGAUGCUGGGGAUGGCAUGGCCAACACAGAAAUCUGCUGGAAUGUGGAGCAGGCUGGAGAGUCAGAAAACACACCUGAAAAGUAUUUGUCUACAACACCAUAUGUAUCUUCUUCUGAACAGCCAUUUAUUUUUCCUUUUGAAGAAUAAGACUGGACUGACCAUCUUCUUCCUAUGUGCUUAUAUACCAAAGACAGAGGCAGAUCACUGCAAGUGGACAGAAGUUCUGAAAGAUUUGGAGCAGAUCAAGACAUCCGAAGACAUUGAUGUCAGUUUAUAUACUGCAAACACAGAUGAGGAUAAAGAAUGCCAAGAACCUAUAAUGAGAUGCUUUUUCUUAGAGAUGAAAGUGAUUCUUCAUGAAUGUUAUAUAAAAAAUUGUAGUAAAACACAGGAUGUAUUCAACAUAUUGAAAAAUGGAAAUGCAAGCUUUAAAAAUCAGUUGAGUUCCACAACAUCAAAAAAAUGUAAAGAAUGUGAAGAAUAUGAAGAAAAAAGUUUUACAGAAUUUAUACAGAAUUUCGUAAAGGUUAUACAGAAGGAAUGCAAAUAAUACACUGACCACAAGAGACAAGCUGGGAACCAAGACUGUUCAAGAAACAUGCCUCAAAGAAAUUAGAUUAUCACCAACAAUAAACUGAAAAGAACUUCACUUCUAGUGCUACUUACAUACAAUAAAAAAAAAAAAAGAAUAAAAUCUCU